GUGUAGUUGGGAGCUUAUGUACUAGCCUGCCAGUACGCAUGUGAAUCGACAUUAGUAUCAAGAAUUAAAUUUGUCUCGGAAGGUUAAAAAACAUUUCGGAAACAGUGUUCCUAAGUCAUAAGGCAUUGGACCAGUUGAAGAAAGUGAUCUCGCUGGACCUAAAUCUGGUCCCGCGGGAUAAGAGGGUAUAGUGCAUUAGGGGAAAUAUUCAAGAAAGUGCAAAAAGAACUGUCAUUUAAUGAUGAUGCACGCUAUGAGCGAGCACGCGGGAGGUGCUGGGGGUUUGGGAGUAGGAGUUUUACCUUUCGAUGGUAUGGGACUUUAUGAACAACCACGUCCUCGUUUUGUCUUCAAGAUGCCAAGGGUGGUUCCGGACCAAAAAGCCAAGUUUGAAAGUGAAGAACUUUUUAGAAGACUGAGCCGUGAAAGUGAGGUAAAAUAUACAGGCUACAGAGACCGACCACUAGAAGAAAGACAAGUACGCUUUCAAAAUGGUUGUCGGGAGGGUCAUACGGAAAUUGCUUUUGCAGCGACUGGUACGAAUCUCCAACUCGUCUUUGGUGUGGCAUCUGGAAACUUUGCAGGCGACCCUCGCGAAUGUGAUUUUGACAAAGAACACGGCAAGGUUCAUCUGAAGUCUCACCUAAUCAUGAACGGUGUUUGUGUAACGUGGCGGGGCUGGUUCGAUCUGGAGCGACUGGAUGGUGUUGGAUGUUUGGAAUACGACGAAGAAAGAGCCAAUGAAGAAGAUCUUCUUCUCCGAGACCAACUGGAACGAUACAAUCAACGCCUUCGAGAAUUCGAAGAAAAACAAAGAACCUACAGAAGUGGAGGCGUUCAGCCUCCUCAUCUCAAUCAUCACCAUCAUCACCACCACCAUCACCAUGGACACCAUGCUCACCAUGGAGUCGGCGGCACCGGUGCAACUGCAGGCGGUGGCGUUGAACCUCACCUUACCCACAGACAGGAUCCCGACAUGGAAGUCAGACUUCGUGCUUAUUAGUAGAAACUAUUGCACAAACAAUGAUGAUCUUCAGAAAAAAUGAGUGUCACUCCCAUGAACAUUUUCGUGAAAAUCAAGCCCUCCCUCCCCCAAGUUGUUAAAAGUGUAAGAAAAUGAAAAUGCGAUGCUUUUUUAAAAGGAAGAAUAAGUUAUCGAGUCGAUGAUUAAUAUAUAAGCAUCAGUUUUUGUUAGUAAAAGCUUCUACAAUUUUUAGUAAAAUAUUAUCUGUCUUCUGCUUGUUGAUAAUAAAUUUUAGUACAAAUUGUAAUCUGCGUAGCAUCUAUAAAAAAAUUGGUGUUUCAUAUAUUUGCAGUGACAAUUUUUUAAAUCCGAAAUAAGAAUUCCAGUCCUUUCUGCCAAGCAUUUUAACUAACUUCUAGUUUAUAAAGUUAUGUAAUUCUUAUAGCCAUUUAAAAAGUGACUUUUAUUCUGCCUACCAACUAAAAAUAUUUAGACAUUGUCAAAAAAAUGUAAUCUCAUGUUGAUGAACAUUAUGAGCGACAAAGGAAAAAUCAAAAUAAUAGUAAGUCAGAACAUUGUCGCAAAAGGGUUGAUUAAAAAUAAGUAAACGAAGAAUAUUAUUUGAAUGAAAAAAAAAUUGUCAACCGGUAACGUGUCGACCCCAUGGACGAAACUUCGGGGAAUACUGAUCUCGCCUUGCGUCAUGCGCCGUACGACCUAUGAAUCAGGCUUACCGCGAAUCUGAGUAUUUGUUGCGUGAGUCACGAUCUACGAUCACUCCGAAAACGGGUCUGUUUUUUAUUUUUUUAAUUUCUAACUUAAUUUUAGUCAUAUUUUGUUAUAUAUGUACAUAUUUGUAAAGAGUUUAUCGAUUAAAUAUAA